CUUUCUUGUGUGUGUAUCUUGUUAUACCGUCUUAAAUUGGGCCCUGUGAGAACAGGAAGACACGUGACACAUCUUUAAGUACAUGUAUAUUUAAAUAGAUUUUUCUGAUUAUUUCCACAAGGUAAUUCUGUAGCCAGAAAAUAUCCAUACGGCCAUCGAACGGAUUUAACAAGGCCCAGUCCAUCUCCAGAAAUAUCAGUGUAGGAGUGCUCCAGACGAUUGAGGACUGAUACCCAUGGUUCCCGAUCUGUAAUACGACCGAACACCUGUUAUCCAUGGUUGUUGACGGAGGAUGGGGCUGGAUGAUCACCCUGUCUGCAUUCGUGCACAGUUUUCUUGUGGAUGGGAUAUGCUUCACAUUUGGAACGUUCUUGGAACAUUUCCUCAAGUAUUUCGGAGGCAGCAACGGGAAAACACAACUGUUAAGUUCCAUGAUAAGUGGAACUUACCUAUCUAUGGGCCUUGUGUCCGGAGCUCUGACGGACAGAUUUGGCUGUAGACGACUGGCUAUUGUGGGAUUGAUUGUCGCCAGUGUUGGUCUAUUCCUCUCAACAUUUUCACCUAACCUUGAUGUGAUGAUCCUGUUAUACGGCAUCGUAAGCGGUGCUGGGUUCGGACUAGUGUAUACGCCCUCUGUCGUCAUAGUCGGACACUAUUUCAAUAAACGCCGAGCACUGGCCACUGGGAUAGCCGUAUGUGGAUCUGGUAUAGGGGGGUUUGUGUUCGCACCAUUAUCUGUUCUUCUCAUCGAGACAUACGCCUGGAAAGGAGCUCUGUGGAUAUUAUCAGCCAUUGUCUUAAAUGGCGUCAUCUUUGCUGCUUUUUAUCGUCCACUGCCGUCGCCACCAAAUACUUCAGCAUUUGCUUCCUCGACCGACACGGAAAUAGACCUAAGAGAUAAUUCUCGAUGCAAACAGUUAGUCUUUGCUUUCAAACAAACAUUUAAUUUAACACUCCUGAAAAGCCCGACAUUCGCCCUGUAUAGCUUUUCUGGAUUCCUGGUGUGUACCGGUUUUUACAUCCCGUUUAAUUUCCUGCCGGUUUUCGCCAGUGACCUCAAUCUUUCUGCACGUGAAGGAGCUAUUCUCAUAUCGGUGAUGGGGAUAUUCAAUACUGUAUCAAGGGUUCUGGUUGGCUUGUUGACUGACCAAUCCUGGGCAAACUGCAUCCUUAUCAACAGUACGAUGCUUUUCAUUGGAGGAAUAGCGACGUGUUUUGUACCAAUAUGUACCACGUACGCCAUCCUCAUAGCGUAUGCCGCUCUAUUCGGCACAACUGUAGGUACAUUCGUCGCGUUGAAGUCAAUCAUCCUGGUAGAACUAAAGGGAGACAAAUGGCUGUCCAAAACUUUAGGCCUAGUGAACUUCAUGAUCAGCAUAUCUGUUUUCAUUGGCUCACCUGUUGCAGGUGCCUUGUCGGAUCUGACGGAGAGCUACGACGCUGCCUUUUACUUUGCCGGCGGGACAAUCGGACUCGCGGGACUGAUGUGUUUCCCGUUGCGAUACAUUGCCAGAUGGGAACAUGAUAGAAGUCCUCAAGACGAUGAAACCAAGGAGCCCCGUCUGACCUCAAUGCGGACGGUUCACAUGUAGUGGGGAUGUCAAACUAUGUCUGAGGAAUCUUAAAUGUGUCUUGACAUUUUGACAGCUGACUGCACUUUCGUCCCAUUUCCGGACAGCACAUCCAGACUGAAACAAGUUCUUAUGAAAACUCAAAAAGCUUAGAGUGAUGACAUGUAGCCAGUGAUAUGUUGAGAUGAAUGCCAACCUAUACCCGGCAUUGAUAUUCAAAUGAAUUACCUUAAUAUAUAUAUUUUUUAACUUUAAACCCAUUUCUCCGGGUCAAGGGAAACAGUCUGAAUCAUUCUUGUGUUAUCGACAAUCACCCUCCAGUGUGUUGGUAUCAAAGCUAGCCUUACCAAAUUGUUUUUAGAUUUAUAAACCAAUCAGUAUAAUAUGCACAGUCUCUAUCUUUUGUUGCAGGUUUGAUAUUAACGUUAUAAAUUGUCAGUAUAAUUUGUACGAUACCGACCAUGUACAUGUAUCUUCAUGAAUAAUUAGAAAAUAUCAUCCCUCUAACUACCGGACGAAUGUGUAAUGGAUCCGUCAUUUAGUUUAUACCUAUAUUGUUUCUUUCAUAUCUAAUUACUGGGAAUCUUUUUUUUCUCAAAUAUUCAUAAAAAAAUUAUUCAGCAUGUUGUUUUAACCAGGUACGUACAUACAUCUAUGUAGGUCCAGGUUUCAACGAAAUCAUCACCGUUUAUUUUUUUUCACGCAAUCUAUUUGAGCACGAGAACGGACCUUCAUUCUAUUAUCAUUGUACUUUGGUCGCCAUGAUAAUCUAUGUGUUUGUUCCGUGCUUGAGUUCCAUUGUGGUUUUGUUAAAUGAUUAUAAUACAAAUGUAUAUAACAUAGACAACUCUGUGAUCAGUCAAUGCAUUGUCACCGCUUAAAUGCAAACCGGUGCAUGCGAUAGACUUGUAGCCUUUAAUACCUUUCUUAUGAAAUCUGUUUUAAUGCAAAUGCAUGUACACGAGUUUAUAUAAAAUCAGUAUUAUUCUAUCUUAUAUGUAGCUAGGUGGUUUCACACAGGCUCGUCAUCAAAAUAUAUCUUUUGCCGAAAAUCAAACCUGUUUGCAUUUUUCGACCUAUAUGACAAAGCCAAUAAGCCACAAGCAAAUAUAUCUGUAGAGGACACCAGUAUAUAUAACAAAAAAAAUCCCGAUGUUAUAUUCCCCAGUAUGCUGUAAUAGUAGUUAUUAAACUCACUUAUUACACUCCGAAUUAUGGGUCACGAUAGAUUAGGACAAGCUUUUCUCCAAACUGAUAGAUAUGGUUUUAUCGCAGACUUAUCUACUUAAACAAACCAUUACACAAACAUCAUGCUGCCGUUUUAAGUACUAAUAUGAGGUUGAUUUAUGAAAAUAAAAUAAUUACGUCAAAAAACAA